CUUUGUCACAUCAACAAUUUCACACCAACAAACAACAACGUGCUCCAAGGACCAACGCUGCAAGCUCGAGCUCACUUCAUCAGACUGUACAAUUCUAGAUCGCUUCAACUCCUUCGUGCGGAAAGUAAUGGACGCGAUUUGGAUGGAGCAGCCCUGCGGCAGGGCGGCAUCGGCGGUGGAGCUCCGGAGAGGGCCGUGGACGGUGGAGGAGGACGCGCUCCUUGCCGGCUACGUCGGCGCGCACGGCGAGGGCCGGUGGAACGAGCUGGCCGUCGCGGCGGGGCUGAGGCGCACGGGCAAGAGCUGCCGGCUCCGGUGGCUCAACUACCUCCGCCCCGACGUCCGGCGCGGCGACUUCACGCCGCGGGAGCAGCUGCUCAUCCUGGAGCUCCAUUUCCGGUGGGGCAACCGCUGGUCCAAGAUCGCGGGGGAGAUGCCGGGGAGGACGGACAACGAGAUCAAGAACUACUGGCGAACCAGGGUGCAGAAGCACGCCAAGCAGCUCAACUGCGACGUCGACAGCAAGCAGUUCCACGACGUCAUGAGGCACGUCUGGAUGCCGCGCCUCCUCGAGAGGAUCCAGGCAACCUCCACGCCCACGCCCAGCCUGGAACACGGGGAGCCCUUGCCCAUGUACCGGCAGAGUGUUGCUUCGAACAGUCCGUUGGCAGCAUGCAGCGGCACCGGCAUGUGCCAUUCUUCGUCGAGCUGGGCGGGUUCAUCGGCGUCUCUAGAGGUGCAGUUCCCGUCCAACCAGCUUGUGAUGAACGCCGGCGGCGCGGCGGGUUGGCCAGGAAGCGAGCAGUGUGGCAGCGGGAGCGAGGACAUAUUCGACCAGAGCUGGCUGGAGCUCCUCGCUCGUGCCUGCGACGACGGCGCGGAGUCUGUGCUGUUUCCAGACUUUGAAUUGGGAGACACUGCAAGUGGAGUGUGCGAAUAUUCGAUCGAGCGGGCGACACCCACUUGUUCUUGACAUCUUCAAUCUUCCUGUCGAGCACAGCAGCGGAUGCCAAGAACGGGUGCUGCAGCAGCUGCGCCGCCGUGCACCGAUCACUGGCUUUCCUGGUCAGGCACCCGGCCAAGAAAUCCUUCUCCUCCGCGGACAGCCACUGGGGCACGUCUGGUACCGCGUCGGUGUACGCGAUCCGAUGCAUCGCCGCGAGAAGAGAAGGUGUUUGGCGUGUGUGCGAUUUGGAUUAGAAACUAGGGAAGGAACACGCGCUCGCGGCGGUGGCGAUGUGCAUAAGAAAUCAUUAUUAUUUGUGUUUGUGAAGUCACACAACUUAGUAUUUUCAGGAGUACCCAUUUUAGCAACAGUAAAUAAAACAAACUAGAUAAAGUAAAUGCAA